CGAACAUUGGUAUCAUGCUUUGAUAUAAAUUAAUUAACGUAGUUAAUUUAAAAAUUAGUUAAAAUUCUUAACGAGUAUGAGUAUGAUUUAUUUUUAGUUGGUUUUACUUAAUUUGGUUUGAAAAUGCUACAAGCAGACGAAAUUGAUAGUAAAAAGCUGCUCCUCUCAUCCCUCUGCGGAGGUGGAGUCGCUGGUUUAUUUGUCGACGUGGUAUUAUACCCUCUGGACACAAUUAAAACAAGACUGCAGGCGGCACAGGGGUUCCGAAAAUCAGGGGGUUUUAGAGGAAUUUACAGAGGAAUCGCUGGACAAGCCAUAGGAAGCGGCCCGCAAGCUUCUUUAUUCUUUUUAACUUACGAAUCUUUAAAAAUCUUGUGUGAUCCUUACGCUGAUUCGCCGUAUGCGCCUGUGAUGUAUAUGGGGAGUGCUUCAAUUGCGGAAGUGAUGGCAUGUUUGGUGCGUGUUCCUAUAGAAGUAAUAAAGCAAAGAAGGCAAACUACACAUGAUACUUACAGCCAUAUAAUUGCAAACGUUUUAAAGGAAGGCCACUUAGGUUUAUAUAGAGGUUUUGGUUCCACCUUACUCAGAGAUUUACCAUUCUCCGCAAUACAGUUCCCGAUUUUGGAAUUCUUGAACCAUCAAGUUAGAAAGCAUUUAACCAAUAAUGAGCCUUUAAAGGUGUGGGAAUAUGCGAUUUGUGGAGCAAUUGCUGGGGGUUUGACAGCGGCAAUAACCACACCAGUCGACGUGGUUAAAACGCGUAUCAUGCUAUCGGACAAGAAUUUGCGCGUAAUGGAAGUUUUUAGGAAUGUCUAUAAAAAAGAGGGAAUUGAAGGAUUAUUUCGCGGGGUUGUUCCUAGGGUGGCUUGGAUCUCUGUAGGCGGGUAUAUAUUUUUCGGGUCUUACAAUUGGUCGCAAAAACAUUUUUACGACAAUGUUUUCUGAACACGUCUCUCCUGGUAGGGUAGUUUUUUGUUAUUUUUUUUAAUAAAAGC